GUUGGAAGUAGCCAAAAAAUUAUUAACUCCUGAUGGCUGCCUAAUUGUGGCAAUUGACAAAAACGAACAAGCCGAAUUAACUGUUUUGUCGAAAGAAAUAUUUCGCGGUUAUGAAAUCCAUGUUAUGACUAUCGUUCAUAAUCCAAGAGGAGCCCAAGGUGCUAAUUUUUCUUAUACUCAUGAAUACGCUAUUUUUGUUAUUCCCGAAGGCAAAAAAUCAAUUGGUGGAGAAAGUUUGAGAACGGACGCUAAAAAUUGUUUUUAUCCUAUUAUUGUUGAAAAUGAAAAAGUAAUCGGUUUUGGAGAAGUAGUUGCUGACGAUUAUCAUCCGGAAAAGCAGACGACCGAGAAAGAAGGUCAAUUUUAUGUUUGGCCUAUCGAUAAGGACAAAGUUGAAAGAAAAUGGCGUUAUGCUCGCCAAAGUGUAGAAAAAAUUAAGGAACUUUUGCGG